GGUAAUUUCAAAUAAUGUCCAAAGAAGAGCUUGAACUUCAAACCCACUACAAUGUUGGUAGAGUAAAUUUGGAAAGAAAAAACUAAGGGUUCUUUCUCUCUCUCUCUUUUGGUGGUGAUGAGGAUGCUUACUUUUACACGUGUGGUCUUGCCUGUAUGUUUCCCUUUUGUGUGUGACGCGUGGCAUAUUUUGAUGUUCCACCUUUAUGUGGCGCUCUUUUUCCAGUUGUCGCUGUCGGUUUGUAUUCCGUUGGUAGCCUGCGUUGGUUGUUCAGAUCGAAUUGGUGUCCGGCCGUUUCUGUUUUAGGCAGUUAAUCGACAGAGAUUGAUCGAAAUCCUGAGGCUAAGUUAGUAGAGAUCGGUGCAAGCUUUACCGAACGCAAACGUACAGUUUAUAUUCAUUAUGCUCCAGCCAUCAGACAGGAAACGCAGGUGGCAUGAGGCUUCCUCUUCUAAUCCUGUCUUAUACACCGGUCAUCAAUCAGCCGCUCAAAGGAGAUACCGCUCAUCACUGCUUCGGUCAGUAGCGGAGCGUAAUGCACUACCCGAGAGAAUAGGUCACACAGGGGCUCUGGCAUCUCCAUCGUAUUUGGAUUUAGGAGACUGCAAUAAUGUUUGCGAGUUUUGCGGAUCGAUCUUUUGGUUUGACGAGCGUUUAAUAUCCUCCCCGUUAAACUCUCGUCCAAAAUACUCCGUAUGCUGCCGAGGAGGAAGAGUAGCGCUCCAAUUUCCUAUUCAACCUCCACAAACCAUGAAACACCUAUUUUCUCAGUCACAGUUUCUCGUAAAUAUCCGUGCAUACAAUUCCAUGUUUUCCGCGACCUCUUUCAGUGCCAGGAUCGAUGAAACGGUUAAUCAAGGUGCUAGUCCAUACGUUUUCAUAGUUGCUGGUCACGUAUCGCAUUGGUUAGGAUCACUUUGUCCACCGGAAGGCGAAAGUCCUAGAUUUCUUCAAAUGUAUAUAUCUGAUUGUGACAACGAGAUUUCUAACCGUCUUCGUUUCUUCAAUGGUGAAGACCGUUGCGACCUUUCAGCAGAUGUGGUCUCCGUUCUGGCCAAUACAUUGCAGGACGUAAACGAGUACGUUAAACUUUUUAAAGGCGCAAGGGAGUUAUUGUUAAACCAGCAGAUAGACAUUCCGGAUUUCGUAAUAAGACUUCACAGCCGAGGCUACAACGGUCCGGUUGCUGGCACUCUCGGAGCUAUCGUUUGCGAUGGCGAUUCGACAGCCGAGGAGUUCGAUAUCGUUAUCAAAAGAAAUGAUAACACUCCUCAUAGAGUAAGCAAACUGCACUCAUCGUACAUGCCGCUACAAUAUCCAUUACUCUUCCCUCGUGCAGAACAAGGCUGGUCACCAGAGCUUAAACUUAAACUCACUCCAAAUCCAUUAUCGCGCCAUCGUAACCAUAACCGUAUCCGUAACAGGCUCACAAUGAACAUGUUUUACAGUUACCAAAUUCAUGAUCGCGAAGGAACAUACACACAUCUACUAAAAGCGGGAAGACUGUUCCAACAAUAUUUAGUGGACGCUUACGUUUGCAUUGAACAUUGUCGUCUAGAAUAUUUUCGUGCAAACCAGAAUCUGUUUCGCAUGGAACUUCUUAGUGGCAUACACGAUGCUAUUUCUAGAGGUGACACCGAGGGUUCAGAUGUGGGCAAACGCGUAGUCUUACCUGCAUCAUUUACAGGCGGCCCUAGAUACAUGUACAAACAUUAUCAAGAUGCAUUGGCUAUAUGUAGAGUUUAUGGAAACCCUCAAUAUUUUAUCACUUUUACGUGCAAUGUUAGAUGGCCCGAGAUUAAACGUGCGCUAAACCGAGUUCACUGUGCAAAUGCACAUGAUCGGCCAGAUCUUAUCGCGAGAGUUUUUCGGCUAAAGGUGGAGUCGCUUACGAAGUUUCUACGAUCUAAAAAGCCUUUUGGUGAAGUAGCAGCAGAUUUGUAUACUAUAGAAUUUCAGAAGAGAGGGCUUCCGCACUGUCAUAUCUUACUAUGGGUAACCGCACCGCACAAAAUUCGAGAUGCAUUGGAUGUAGAUCAACAUAUUACCGCAGAGUUGCCAGAUCGAUCUACGGAACCCAUGUUGUAUAGAAUUGUCACCGACAGUAUGCUUCACGGGCCAUGCGGAUUACCGAAAAUUAAUGCUCCAUGUAUGAUUGACGGAGUAUGCUCGAAAUCUUUCCCAAAGCCGUAUGAGCCGGUAACGCAUUUUGAUGAAGCCGGUUGCGUCCGUUACAAAAGGUCUAUGAAUGGUAGCCAGUUUAUUAAAUCCGGUGUUCCUCUUGAUAACGGAUUUGUGGUGCCGUAUAAUAAAACCCUGUGUAUGCACUUUGAUGCCCAUAUUAACGUUGAAUACUGUGGUUGGAUCAUGCUUAUCAAGUAUUUAUUCAAAUAUAUUUCCAACGGUGCCGAUAGGAUCCUGUUUGCAGAAACGUCCACUAAUAUUGAUGAAGUUAGCAACUAUAUUGAUGGGCGCGUCGUUUGCCCGUAUGAAGCGGCGUGGAGAAUCUUAAACUUUCCGAUUCAUCAUAGAAAUCCAGCAGUUCAAGUACUUGCGGUGCAUUUAGAAGGAAUGCAGAAUGUUACGUUUAAAGAUUCCCAACGCUUACACCAGAUAAUAAAUAACCCCGGGACGGGGAAAACAACAUUAACCGAAUGGCUGAAAAACAAUGUUUAUGAUUCUACAGGCAGAGACUUGCGUUAUAUCGAUUAUCUAUCUAGAUACAGGUGGGAUACCGCUGGAAAAUUCUGGAUUCGUAGAUCAACAAACAAACCCCCGUGCAUUGGUAGACUAACAUACGUUCAUCCAACAUGUGGGGAACCGUUUUAUCUUAGACUUCUACUAAACCAUCAAGUCGGGUGUCGUUCUUUCACGGAAAUCCGUACCGUCUCGGGUGUCGUAUACCCGACUUUCCGUGCAGCAUGUCAGAAACUUGGGCUAAUUGGGAAUGACGAAGAAUGGGUUUCCACGUUUACAGAAGCGGCUCAACGUGCAACUUCAGGCGAACUAAGAUCUCUGUUUGCCCAUAUGCUCCUUUUUUGCGGUGUAUCCAAUCCAUUAGCGUUAUGGGAAGAUCAGUGGCUUAAAAUGAGCGAUGAUGUUUGCAACGCUAAUCUUCAACAAUACGUUCUCUACGAAAUAGAGGUCCUGUUAAGGUCGAGUGCAAACUCUUGCACGCUUUCGGACUUCGAAUUGCCGAUGCCGAAUCAGUUGAUGCUCUCAACGUUAAGAAACCAAAAUCGCUUGCUAUUGGAAGAAAAGAGUUACGACAGAGACAAAUUGGCUACUGACCAUUUGGUAAUGCGUUCGACUCUUGGUCCAGAUCAAUUAGCGAUCUACAACGUUGUCAUGGAUUCUUGUACUACAUCGGUACAAGCUUUACUCUUCAUUUAUGGCCAUGGCGGAACAGGCAAGACGUAUUUGUGGAAGACUAUAGUUUCCGCUCUUAGAUCUAUCGGUAAGGUGGUAUUAGCGGUUGCGGCUUCGGGAAUAGCGUCACUACUAUUACCAUCGGGCAGGACAGCGCAUUCACGUUUUAAAAUACCUUUAGAUCUAACCGAUGAUUCGAUCUGUGACAUAAAAAAAAAUACGCAACUGUCGCAAUUGCUUCUUGAAACAUGUCUCAUCGUGUGGGAUGAAGCACCCAUGAACGAUCGUAGGUGCUUCGAAUCGUUGGAUAGAAGUCUAAAAGACAUUACCGGCGAAACAUCAAAACCAUUUGGCGGAAAGUCGGUCUUACUUGGAGGUGAUUUCCGACAAACACUACCCGUAAAACCGAAAGCGUCAAAAGCUGAAAUCGUAGCUUCGUGUUUACCAAGGUCGUAUUUGUGGAAACGUUUCAAGGUACACAAGUUGACGGAAAACAUGCGGUUAACGCAAUCAGAUACCGGAUUAACUGCCGAUGAAACGUUUAGGUCGUUUUCAAAGUGGUUACUAGACGUCGGAGAUGGAAAAAUAGGAAUUCCUAUCAAAGAAAAUCAGCCCGACAUCAAGUUGAUAGAUAUUCCUACGCAAUUCAUGAUUGAACCGAGUGAUAACGGUGUUACCGAAUUGAUCCGUUUCGUCUACAAUGAAACGGUUUUACACAGCCCAACAUCGUCAAACAUGGCCGAUAGAGCGAUUAUAUGUCCCAAAAACGAGACCGUAGAUGAAAUAAACGAUAUAAUUCUUGCUACAUCACCUGGCGAGUGUGUAACAUAUCUGAGUACCGAUUCCAUGACUCCAUAUUCGUGUAAUGACAGUGUUACGGAUGCCAUGUAUCCGACAGAAUACCUGAAUUUAUUGGCUUUCAAUGGCAUUCCACCGCAUUGUUUAAAGUUAAAAAAACAUAGCCCUAUUAUGCUAUUACGUAAUAUAGAUCAAAAAUCAGGUUUAUGCAACGGUACUAGAUUACUUGUCUCGCAGCUACUACCUAGAGUUAUCGAGGCACAUGUCAUCACAGGCACGGCCAUAGGACACCGUGUGUAUAUACCAAGAAUCAACUUUGUGCAUAAUGGUAAAGACUUGCCUUUUAUAUUCACUCGACGUCAAUUUCCGAUUAAGUUGUGUUAUGCCAUGACUAUAAACAAAAGCCAAGGUCAAUCGUUACACAAAAUUGGCGUAUACUUACCUGAACCGAUUUUUGGCCACGGUCAACUAUAUGUCGCACUUUCCAGGGCCACCUCACCUAAUGCGCUAAAGAUACUUCUGAAAAAUCAAGACGGUGAUAGUUUGAACAAAACUUUAAACGUCGUCUAUUCUGACUUACUAAAAGAAAUUGAAGGAUCAUUUAGCCAUAUUAACAGUAGUCAAAUGAUUACACCCAGUGAAUCUACGAAAUUGGCUCUUUUGCAUCCAUAAUCCCAGUACCCGACAGCGAUGAACUACCAUGCUUCUAUUUUAAUCUCUACAACUACGAAAGGCUCAAGCCGCUUUGUGGAAAUAAGAACAAGUUGUAGAUUUUGUCGGAAUGCCGCAAUCCAUAGAACACAGAGUCACAAAAGAUAAUGAUCCAUAGAUUCCAAAAAAGGCCCGGUUGUUGGUCAAAGUAUACCCCGACGUGCGUUCAUUGAAUGGUUAGCUUUCAAGUAUCGGUUACCCACUCAUGAUAGGGCGAUAAGGUGGAAUAAGGAAGAGGUCUUUGUUUGUCAAGAGAGAAACAUUGGAAUUUUUAGCAAGAAAAAGAGAUGCGUUCAGGUGCUUUGUCAGCAGAUUCAAGAUGUUUGGCUUAGGCUUAUGGGGCUUAAAUACAGGCCUUCUAAACAGCUUGAUUUAGCUGUUGCAGUUUGGAAUUUCAAUGAUAUAGUCGAGUAAUUCAGCUUUUUUGCAAGUCUUUUGCAGGAUGGUAUGUAUGGUGUUAAGGUAAAGAUGGUGUCUUGGGUGUACUUGCAUUGGCAGAUUUUUAGAUUGAGAUUAUCAGGUGGAUUGCGGUUGCUGGUGAUAUACUUUGGGCAUGGCUACAUGGUUUUGGGCAGACUGGGGAUUGAGAAUGCUGGUAUUAAAAGGUCAAGUUCUAGGCUGAUCGGAUGCUUGGUUAUGUUUUUGCUGUUACUUAUGUUUUUUGGUAUUGUUUGAUUGUAUUUGUUUGUUUGGAUGAUUUAGGUUGUUUUGAGUCUUGAUUGUAUAGACUUACUUUUCUGUUGGACGUGGGCCGGGUGUGGCUUUAAGUCUAGAAUAGGUUGUUUUUUGAUUUCUAGUAUGGCUUAUGGUCGGGGCCUUGAGAGGUUCCAAUUGUUGACCAUAGCUAGUGUUUGGGGUUGGUGCUUUCCUUGGGGUAUAUCCCGGGAAGCCCAACACCUGUAGGUUGUAAAUAUUUUUUGGAUAUCAAUAAAAUUUACCGGGGUGCUGUC